UGCAAUGCACUCUCAACACCAAACUUUAUACAGUAGACACAUAGGAGGUAGAAGAAACUAUUUCCCACGUUUUUCAAAUGAUUUACUGCCAUUUACACAACAAACAACAAUUAGUCCGCUAGGUACAACUCCUGAUAUUUUAAUGAUAAGUGAAGCCGAAGAAAAUUUGACAGCUGAGAAAGGCAUAAAAAUUCCUCCUCAUGACUGCAUCAUUUCAUGGGACCAGUUAAAAGAGCAUAUUGCAGAUGUUAAUUACAUAGGUAUUUAUGAUCUUGAUGACGAUGACGACGUGUUUCCGGGAAGAGGUUUCAAAAAUCACUUACGUCUACAAGUCUUGAAUGAAACAUCAAUACGUAGAGAAGCAGGGGCAUGGUUCCCAUCAUUCAACACUUGUGGAUCUGUUUUUGGGAUAGACGAACGUGUGGAUGGUGCGAAAGCUAUAUUCCGUCCAGUAUCAGGUAAUGCAUUCAUUGUCCCUGGAAAAAGAGACUAUAUCGUGAGUUUGAAUCCAAGCCGAUAUAUUUUCUAUUUCUUCUGUCAGUCAGAACCGCAAGAUAACAGAUGCCGAGACGCACUUCUUAUACUUCUGGUCAAGGAUGAGAGAGAAUGGCCUAGGGAAGGUGAUGGUAUUCCUAAAGGUCAAAUUCGACUAGAUGAUAUUCCCUGGGGAGAGAUUGGUUCAACACUGAUGGCAUGUUUUGGUCAGCAAUUCAUUGAUGACACUGAUCCACAAAUUAAAUGGGGUUGGACAGGCCCUGAAUGUGCAGUGCCAGGGUCAGAGGUUUUCGAAAAAGCAAUUAUGAAAUAAUUAGCUGAUGACAUUUUAAGGUAAAGCCAAGCAGCAGCUAAUGGUCGGA